GCGAAAUUGCCCUAAAAUUUCUGGCAACUCAUCUACUGGCUCACGUGAAAAAUGUUUGAAAUGCAUCGGCAGUAGCUGGAGGAUAAGCUGGACAGCAGUACAUGUUUGAAGUGGUAGCAUUUUGUAAAAACACUGGCGCUUUUUCUUCUGUUUUAAUGAUAAUGGGCCUCAAUGAAUGAAGCAAAGCUGGUGUGAUGCCUAUACGACGAGCAGCAGCGUCUUCCACCCCGGAGAAGGCCCCCUCCGCUGCAGCAGAGGAAGAGCCUGAAGCAUCCUCAGAGGAGUCUCCCUCAGCUGAAGAUGAGCAGGCCGCACCCUCAGCUACGCCUGCCCAGGUGAAGGAGGGUGAGGCGGCGGGGGAGAAGGAGCCCACAGAGAACGGAGAGGAGGCUGAAGGAGCCGGGACGGCCGAGAAGGGAGGAGAAGAGACGGAGAAGAAAGAGGACAAAUGCAAGGACUGCGCGGCUGGACAGUGUGCAACACACUGCUAUGUUCUCCUACUAAGGUUGAAGGAUGGCUACAAGUACAAGAAAGGGAAAAGCAAGAAAGUGAAACGGACGAUUCCUGCGUGGGCUAGCGUCGCUGCCAGCAAAAAACUUCCUGUUGCAAACUUUGCAGGCACUCAGAACAAAGUGAAUGAUAUCCUCAUCGAAGCGAUCACGUCCUGUAAUGACAAGUCCGGGGUAUCAUACCAGUCCUUCAUGAAAUAUAUUCUGAAGAAAUACCCAGAGAUGGACAUUCACAAGAAGAAGUUUCUCAUCAAGAAAGCAAUGAAGAAACAUUUGGAGAAGGGCACCAUCAAACAGCUCAAAGGUAAAGGCCUGUCAGGAACCUUCACCAUUGGGAAGCAGACCGCCUCCGCUAAGAAAGCUCCUCUGAAGACGGAGGCUCUGGGAGACGCUCUGCCUCUCAUCAUCACUCGGCUCUGUGAGCCCAAAGAGGCCUCCUACCUCCUGAUCAAGAAAUACCUGGAACAGCACUUCCCCAACUUUAACAUCAAGAACAGGCCAGACCUCCUCAAGACAGCGCUGGUGAAGGCGGUAGAGAAAGGGCUACUGGAGCAAAUCACUGGGAAAGGAGCCUCUGGGACUUUCCAGCUGAAGCGUAACCAGAUCGUGCCAAAGGGCAGCAACUUUGAGGAUGCAAUCACAGCCGCCAUCACAGCCAUGAACGAACCUAAAACCUGCAGCACCACCACUCUACGCAAAUACCUGGUGGACGCUAACAAAGACAGAAAGGAGUACCAGUUAGUGGCCAGUCUGAGGAGGACACUGACGAAGUGUAAAGUACUCGGCUGGAUGGAGCAGAUCACGGGCCACGGCUUCACCGGGACGUACCGGCUCUCGUUCCCUUUCUACCCCAGCCCUACCAUCCUGUACCCUGACAAGUUCAACAAGCCUGCGGAGAAAAGCCCCGCACCCAAACGGAGGCGGACGGUUGAUUCUUCUGAUGAGGAAGAGUCAGAGGCAGAAGAGGAGGAAGAGGAGGAGGAGUCUGAGGAUGAAGCUCCCGUACAGAAGAGAAAAACUCAGAAGAGGCCUCCACCCAAGGCUCGCCGCCCCCCACCAGCCAAGAAAUCUCGGAGCCCCAGCCAGUCAAAAGCUAAGGGCAGGGGACGAUCCCUCGCCAAGAAGUCUCCAGCCAACAAAGCAGUGUCUUCUGCCAAGGGACGAGGGCGGAAACCAGCACCCCCUAAGAAAGAAACCACAACGCCAGUUAAAGCCACGCCUGUCAAGAGAGGAGCUCCUGCAACAAAGCCCAAAACACCAGCAGUUAAAAAGCUGGCCAAACGGGGGUCCAAACGACCCGCGUCCAGAGAUUCAUCCCCUGAGGAGGUCGUAGUCCCAAAGGAGACAACGAGGUCCAAGCGAUCUAAGCCUGAAGAGUCUUCUCCUAAGGAGCCGGCGGUUAAAAAGCCAGCAAACAAAAGGCGGCCUGAGCCUGUAUCUACAAAAGCGCCCGCAGCAAAAAAGGGGGCGAAGGGCGGCAAGCAGACGACUCGUAAGUCCAAGAGAGGGAAAAACUGAGCUGCGCACGCCUUCCACAAACUGGGCUGAAUAUGCAGCCGCUUCGUUUCAGUGCGCUCUCUUUUUACCAUGUUCUCCCCUUUUUCACAGGGCAGUAGUUUUUUUUAAUUUCUAUUGUAGAAUAAGAACGUUAUCCUUCCAAUUUUACUGUACGUUAAGAGUUUCAUGAAUUUAAUUUUUUAAUCACCAUGUGUAGAAAAAGCUCAGUUAGUGUUGCUGUUAAAAAAGAUCAGCUGUGAGAUCGGGGAAGCAUAGCGAGGUUCGACAAACUGUAACUAGAGCCAUGUAGUAACUACAGUUUUAUAUCUGUUCCUCAUACACUCUUUAGCCGUUAGCAGAACGGGCUCUUAUCAAAUGAAGUGAGAAAUCAGUGUUUUGGACGGUUGCAAAAGUUACAUUUUAUGUGAAAAUGUUGGUUGGAACCCGUAAAGACAUAUUUUAUAAAACACAGAUAUUAUGGUUGUUUUCCUGUGUACUGGGAGUAAAUGACAAUAUGUUUUGUCCGUGCAGUACGACAUCAGAUUUAAAGUUGUACCCACAUUUUUCCUUUAAAUAUUUUUUAUUAUUAUUAUUACAAGCAAAUAUUUGAUAUGUGUUAUUUAACAAAAAAAUUGCCCCAACAAAAGAUUAGGCCUACAGGUGACUUGUUUAGGGAAAACAGAUGAUGAAACACUAACUUGGUAUUCAUUUCAUAAACAUAGGAGAAAGUGUCUUUUUGAUGUGUGUGUGUAAACAAGCAUAUACAUAAAUUUGAUUUUAUUGCUUCACAGCUGUAAUUCAGUAUCCUACUGUAAGAAAUGUGUCUUGUGAGUACGGAAAAAGAGGACAGUAGCUCAUACAUACCCUGCAUGCAUGUAUUCCUUGUGUUGUUAAGCUUUUUUUCCAGGUCAUUAAUAAAAUGGCUAUAUUUGUAAAAUC